GUUUAAUGUGGCUAUUUCACAUUUUAAAUACCUUAAAAGCAAAAUUUAAAGGGUUAAAAGUGUUGCUUUUUCAGGACACACAGCUGAGAUCAGAGGAUUUGAAUCACGUCAUCACACUACUCAAAGGUUCGGGCUCAAAAGAUUUGGAAAAAGAGCAGCUGAAAACUCUCAAGAAGGUAGUCAAGAAUUUUGAAAAUGGACUUCCCAUUAAGAAUGUAGCACAAAUUACCGAAAUUCUUAACCUGUGUGCAGAAAAAGUGAAUGAACAAGAAGCUUUCAUUGAGCCUUUAUGUGAACUUAUUAAAUUGUUUGGGUUGCCAUUUCAAAAAAGGAAAUCGUCUGAUGAAGUAAAUUAUUCCGCUGAAGUUGCACAAUCCAUUGCACAACUGGGUUACUUGAUGAGAGUGCCAAGCUCUCAAGUUAAAAUACAAAUCUGUAAGAGUAUUGUUAACUUUUAUGAUACAGAGCUACCAGGAAAACUACUUCCAGGUCAUCAGCCAACAAAUGCAAACUAUAAAAUCCAGAUGGCUGAAGGAGGAUUAGUAGAAGCUCUUGUUUUGUCACUACCAUUAGUUGAAAAUCAACUUACUGAGAAGUUGUGGGUACUUAAAGCUCUCCAGCAUCUUUCCACCUCUGGAGUAAAUUGUGAACAAAUGGUGAAGACCCAAGCAGCCAGCAGGCUUUGUUUGUAUCUAAAUGGUGCUGAUCCCUCAGGACAGCUAGUGUUCCGUUCCUCAGAUAUCCUAUGGAACCUGCUAGAAAGCACCUCAAAAGAAGAAGUUACUAAUCAGCUCAGGAGCUUGGAAUGUGCGCAUGCUUUGAAAGAAGUAUUUGCAGCCCUCCUCACGCGUGGCUUCCGGCACUGUGAUUAUCAGCUACGGAAUGACCUCUUGGUGAUUGCCACAUUACUAGCUAAAAACCCUGCAGUACAUAUGAUUGAAAGUGGAUUUGCAAAGCUCUUAAUAGUACUUGCAACAUUUACUGAAGUUAAACUUCCCAAUCCCUUCGUAAAAGGUUUUAAACUUACUUACUCGUAUGAGGAUUUUGAGAUGAAGAAGUUACUAUUUAAUAUAAUAGGAAUUUUAUCUAAAGAUCUAUCUGCUGCACAGCUCCUCAGUGAAAAUCAUGUGAUGCCAGCUUUGCUUUAUUAUGUAAAAAAAAAUGAAAAGCCUGGAUUUCAGGACUGGUCUGCUUCCCAAUAUGAAGAAUUACAGCUUCAUGCAAUUGCUGUUUUAGCUUCAGUGGCUCCUGUGUUAGUAGAUAAAUAUUUGUCCUGCCGAGCGAAUACUCUUCUCCUUGUGUUUCUAGAAUGGUGUCUAGGCCAAGAUCAUUUCUAUGGUCAAGGUAACAGUUUCCAUGGAACAGAUGGUCGUGGCAACAAACUUGCACAAAUGCGCUACGGCAUCCGAGUGCUGAGAUCUGUUGUGGCCCUUUAUGAUGAUGCUGUGAGCACUGAUUUGUAUGACCAGGGAGCAAUUAGCCAGCUACUGGACAUCUUAAAGUAUGCAGCAGACAAAUCUAAAGAAAAAGAAGGUACCGUUCUACUGGAAAUCCAAGCUGACAUAUUAUUUAUUUUGUCUGUUCUCUGUGAAAAUGAUGUCCACAGAAAGGAACUCUUCAGCUGUGAAGGAAUUGAUAGACUUAUCCCAUUCUUUAAGAUGGAUCCAAGGAAGUUAUGUAUUGGAUUAGGCUACAAUUGUCUCCUCCUCAGUGCCCUCGACUGCUUGUGGUCCUGUGUCAUUGGAUGUUCCGUUGCAGAGGACUGUUUUAUUGAAAAACAAGGCAUUUUCCUCCUUCUGGAUUUGUUGGCAUCAAAGGAACAGAACCUGUGCAAUAUAAUCCUUGGAAUCUUGGUUGAAUUUUCUGACAACCCUAAAACCACUUUGCACAUGCGUGUCUGGCGAGGGAAGAGAGAUCAAACAGCAGCUAACCUUCUAAUACAGUUAUGGAGACAGGAGGAGUUGGAUUUGGGAGUCAAACGUGAUCAGUAUGGAAAGAUUAUUGACACUAAGAGACCUCUUGCUACCAGCUUCCAGAAACAGCAAAAGGUCAUACCAGUGCCUGCCAGCUGUCCCAGUUUUGCCAUCAUGGAAAUUUCAGAGAACAUACGGGCAAAGAUUUAUUCAUUAUUUUGCAAGCUAGGUUUUGAAAAUUUACCUGGCUUAUCUACUAAGGAUUUUGUUACACUUGCUAUUAUACAACAUUAUCUUGACUUUAAAAUUGGAGAGGUUUGGAGUGAAAUACGUAAAGAACUAAAAGAAGAAUUCAGGCCUGUUACACCUGACAUGACAAUCUUGAAAUUCACUUCAGAGGCGUCAGAAACUACUGGGGAAAAGGUUGCUGUUCUGCAGAAUGAAAUACUUGAAAGACAACACCAUGAUGAAAUACAGGAAGAGAAAAAAAUUUACAAAGAAAUCAAAGAUGCCCAUAUACAGAGAGAAGUGAUAAAGGAAUCUUGGGAAAAUUUCUUGACUCGGACAUCAAACUACGAGGCAUUGAAGAAAGCAAAAAGGCUCCAGGAAACAUUAAUAGAGACUUCCAGAUUGAAAGCAAAGAUUCAAAACGGACCAGACUAUACUACUGAUAUUAAAAACCUCCAUAUAACAGUUGGACCUGGUCGCUUUGUAACUGUGCAAAGAGCUCCUCGUCAGCACGGUGGAGGGCCACUGGCUGAUACAGACCAUGCUCGUAGAAAGUCCUCUGUUUGUAAAGGAGCCUUAAAAAAGAUCAAAAGAGAUAAAACAUUGGACUUGGUAAAGAAAAAAUCAGUAUCUGUAGAAUAGAUGCUGUUCCUAAGAGUGCUAUAUUAAUGUUAUUACCUAUAUGUAGAUACAAGAUAAAAUCUGGUUUUAAUUAUUUGAAAAAUUGCUUAGAACAUCAUAAGAGUAAAAUUAUAUUUUCCCUUAAUUAAUAUAAUGUGGGGAUGUUUUAUUAAUAAAGUCCCCUGUAAAGUAUGGUACAAAGGUAUGUUAGUCUAGUAACUUUGUGUGGUAAUAUCCAGUUGUCAGCAGGUCCAGUUUUCAUUCCCAUCUCUCUUUGAUACAUUCCAUACAUUGCAGUUUAAAUAUUUCAUUGAGCAGGGUGAUAAAUCUUAACAUAAACACAUUUGAUUCUUCAUUUUUCUGAAUACCACGCCCACAUAGUUUUUGUCCAAGCUCAUUUUGUUUCUUGAAUUGCCACUUUUAGCAUCAGGACUUCUGACAUCCCAGUUUUCAUCUAGACACUCACCAAGGAGCUUGUUUAUGCCAACAGUUUCUCCCAGCCCAUUGGAGAGACCUGCUGCAACAUCCUUCUCCAUUUGGAUUGCUCACAGCUCUUUAACUGAUCUUACUAAUCUAAUAAUUGUUGGGCUAUUAUUUCUAUUGUCUCCAAAAAGAACUCAUCUUCUUCUACUGUGGCACCUUUAGAAUACCUACACAAACUGCUGAGCAGCAAACUUUUGUGUAGAUGACUCAAUUUCUGAGUAUUUCUUUCAAAAAUAGCUCUAUUUUCUUUUUUAAUUUGGUCAGUGCCAGAAUUCGCUACAUUACAAUAGCACAAGAUUCCCUGAGGCUCUUCAUUUUAAAACCAGUUGUUAUCCAGUGCUAUGGCAUAAAUUUCUGUGACACUGCAAGAUUUUAUGCUGUGACAUGCAAACUGGCAGCUAGUCUGUCUUUUUUGCCUGUCAGCAACAUCUUGAGAAAAGCACAAACUCUUGCUUUUUUAACUGCCAGCUUGAAAAAAAGGAAAUAAAUUUGAGCUAAACAUCUUCCAACUCCCUUUUUUUACUUCUUGAAAGAGGGAUGAGGUAGGUAUGUGUAUAAUUGUAUCUUUAAAAUGUUUGUCGCAUAACAAGACAAAUAUAGCACUGGUGGCAUUAAAAAUAAGGGCAAAUAGUUUUGUUUCAAAAUUGACUACCUAAAUUUUAUGAAAAGAACCCUAAGAAAAUAAUAAAAUAAAACAUGCAUAUGAAAAAUGGUAUUUGAGGUUUAGAAAAAUUGCUACAUGUGUGUUUUCCAAAGAUGAGAAGGAUUUUUCUUAUGGGCAGAUCUGUUAAACCUUUGCUGAGUAAGAAAGUUAUCACAUUGUACAGUAGGAAAGUCAUCUAAUACUUAAAGCUAAAGAAAUUAAAUUGAGCUGUGCUAAUUUAAUUUAAAUUUUUAUGCUGACCUUUUGCUGACUGAUAAUAUUUAAUUAUAAUCUAAUUUCAUGAUGACUUUUUCCCAAAACUAUCUGUAUAAAGUUUGUUUUAUUGAACUAGCCCUGUUUGUGUAUUUCUUGCCUGCCUACAAGAAAGGUUAGCCAAGGUAUAUAAAGAUUCUCUCACUAAAGUCUUCUGUGUCAAGUCAUCUUGCUCAGCUUUUUAUGUUUGUAUUUCCCUGACAGCCUUGCUGCUUUAUUACUGGUUUAGAGAAUGUAUGGUCUGUUGUCUUUUCACAGUUAAAACCAAACUAUACAUAUGUUACUAGGAGACCAAAGACUGUGGCAUUUGGAGGGGUAUUCACAUGCAUUUUUACAUGCACAUAUGUGAAUGUGUAGGUGACUCAUUACUCCUGGCAGCAAGGCAAAGGCCCACUGAAAACAAAUGCAGAGGACUUAUGUAAGUCUUUCCGAUUUCUGAGCCAAAGCUACAGCAAUACACUGUAGCCAAGGCAUGGCUAAAGAACCUUUAACUGGAAAUCGGUUUUACUUACGCAAAAACUUUAAAUCAGGCACAAAGUGAGGCCCACUGCAUUCUCCCACAACUGUAUUGUUUCUGCUACAGACACCCUGACUUCAAAUGAUCAGCUGCAAAUGCACUUGUUAAUUGAACAUUAAUGUUAAUUAAUAAUGACCGGAGAAUUAAGGAGACAGAAUUUCCCCAAAUACUUCCAUUUAUCCUUCAUAAAUCAGUACUAACACAAGGCUCACAGCAGCACAAGCAGCAUUUGAUUUUGCCAGACAGCCAUGUGUUUGGCUGUUGCAGGGGGAAAAAUACAACACCCAGGGCUUGCUGUCCCUGCUGUAACCCAGGGAUGGAAAAAGAAGAGGUACUGGUGGAAGAAAACAGCAUCCCAUUCACUGUUAAUUCCUCAUGCUGCCAUCCCAGGAGUAGUCAGCUGUGGCUUUCCAGAGCUCUUAUAGAUGUACACCAUAGUGUGUCCAGCUGGAAUUUGUUCUGCUGCUGUGUAUCUGGAGCUCAUAAUCACCUGCCCCAUUGGCAGACACCACAGGGUGACCAUAGCAAUUGAUUGUUCAAACAUUCCAGAAACAAUUACAGUGGAUGCUAAGCACUUUUGUGUCUUAUAGAAAACUGAUUAAAACAGACUUACUUCCUGAAGAAGGAUGAAGCUUUUAAAACUGCAUAGGAUACCUUGCUCUGGCAUUCAAUUAAAAGACCACUCAUAGAGGAAACAAUCCCUUUAAAAUGUUAUUAUACUUUGACACUUCUGUAGGUGAUCAAUGUAAGUAAAAUGUAAGGGCAUUUUUAAUAUGAUUUAUGCCAGUUAAAAUAUUUGUUGUAAAUGCAAUGAAGUACACUUUAUAAACUGGAUAUUGCUGGGGCAGGUUAGAUGAUGGCUCUCAAACUGCUGCUCAUCAUAAUGUAUCAAUUUCUGAAGCUGCUGUGUUUGGGUGUGUAAUAACUCCAUUUGUUCAACAAUAUUAUUUCUAUCAGCAACCUAAAGUGAUGUUCAUGGGCCAGAAAAAUCUCUCACUACUUUGUACCCUCUCCAGAAUACUGUAGGAGACAUAUUUUAUAAGUUAAAUAUUGUAUUUACCUAAAUGAACAUUUACAAAUCUGUGAGACUUGUUGGAUAUUUUACGAACUAUAUAUGAGCUAGGCAUUAUAUGGGAUGGAUUUCUUGUUACUUAUGAAGGUUUACUAUGAGUACUAUUUCCUAAAAUUAUUAAAACCACUUGUAAUCUCAUAAAAGGCUAAAACACAACAGGGACUGAACAAGCUGCAUUGCCCAAGGAGUAAAGCAGAGAACAGUCAGCAUUUCUCAGGUUUUUAUGCUCAGAAGAAUUGGAUUAAGGAGGCAGUUAAUCUCCAUGCUCAAUGGUUUAUACUGAGAGCAGUAGUCCAGUCAGUCUGUCCCUCUUUAGAGCCACUUGGUCUCAUCUCAACUGCGAUGUUGCCUGCAAUGACAGGCAUGGACUGCAUCACCUUAUUUGCAGUCUUUUGUAAAGCACUGUGCUUCAUGUCACAUAGUGGUGGCUUACCAAAUAACAUGGUAAUAGACAAGAAAACUACUGCUAUUCAGACCUUGUUGCUUAGAAAAAUACUUUAAUUAAUCCAUAGCUUAGACUAAGCAAUGAUAAAAUACAAAGUCUAGAUUGCACAGGACAUUACAAUAAGCAUAAUCCUCCCCUUCAGCUUAAUGUCUCACCU